AUGAGGUCUUCGAAGGUGAUGAUGAUAUUGAGAAGAGGAAGAAAAAGAAGAAGAAGCGGAGUCAAUUGGGUCGCACCGGAGAUUCCCUUGGAUCUUUUAGUCGAGGUUCUGACUAGAUUGCCUGCUAAAUCACUGAUGAGGUUCAAGUGCGUCUCAAAGCAAUGGUCUUCUCUUAUCCGUUCUCGAUAUUUUAACAAUCGUUAUCUUACGGUGGCAACCCCACCGCGACCACCUCAUCUAUACAUAGGUUUCGUGGACCAGGACGAUGGUGAGUCUGUCCUGCUAUCAUUCUUAUCAUCGUCUAGUAGUAGUGGUAGUGCUGAGUCUUUCGACCAAGACUUGACAAUGAUAGGGGUGGGGGGAACCGAGAUGGUGGCUCUUCGCGGCUUGAUUUUAUACACCGUUUGCGCAAAAGCGUGCAUCUAUAAUCCCACCACCAGACAAAGCGUAACCUUACCGGCCGUCAAAUAUGAUAACAUGUUUAUGUUUGCUGAAGAAGGUUUAACUAAGGAUAUCAGAUACGUUUUGGGAUACGAUCCCGUCCUUGAUCAAUACAAAGUAGUCUGCACGGUUGUGAUAUACUCAGACGAUUCUGAGAGUUUAACUUCGGAGCAUUGGGUUUUCGUACUAGAAGCGAGAGGUUUCUGGAAAAGAAUUCAGUUUGAUCGACAUCAUAAACCUACAAUAUUCGGACCUUGCAUCAACGGAGUUAUAUAUUAUAUGGCUUCUACUGAUAUAUAUGACCAUAUCGUUUUCAGUUUUGACGUUAGGUCUGAAGAGUUCAAUAUGAUCCAAGUACCUGAUGUGUUGCAUAACUUUGGUGGGUCAUUGAAUUUUAUAGAGUAUGGUGGAAAACCAGCUAUUUCGAAUACUGCCGAUUUUAAAGAAAAGGGUUUGUUGGAUUUAUGGAUCUUGGAAGAUGCUGCUGGUAAAUGGUCGAGGAAACCUCGGGGUUUACAGCCUUGUCAGAUGCAUUUUGUUGAUGACAUUGAUUACAUUUAUGUAGAAGGUGCAACUCAAAUCGGGGAGGUGAUCUUAGCUCCCAAACCGAUGUCUUCCCCUUAUUACUUCUCUAUUAUGAUAUGCAAAAGAAUGAUUUGA